AGCGCCGCCUGAGCGCCCAGCGUAGCGCAGAAGAGAAACCCCCGAGGGCAGAGGCGGCAUCGCAGUGCCACGACCCGACCCGACCCGGCCCGGCCCGGCCCACUCCGCUCGGUCCCUGCGGCCCGGACAGGGCAGCCCCGCCCGCCGCACAGUGGCAUCAUGAGGACCUUCCUGAAGUGGCUGCUGGGAUUCCUGGGGGUCGCCGUCGUCGUCACGGCCAUCGCCGUGUCCCUGGUGCUGCUCUCCGGCGAAAGCACCUAUUCAGAAAGAACAUACACUCUUCAGAAUUACUUAAACAAUGAUUAUAAGUACAGAACAUACGAUUUGCAGUGGAUUUCAGGAAAUCAGUAUCUUCACAAAGCAGCUAAUGGGGACAUUCUGCGUAUCGAUGCUGAGACCGGAACAUCCUCAGUAGUCUUGGCAAAUACAACAUUAGAUAAAUACAAGACAACCACAGCUAUAUUGUCUCCUGACCAGAAGUUUGCUCUUCUGCAGUACAGCUAUACGAAGUUGUGGAGGCAUUCCUAUACAGCUUCAUAUCAUAUCUAUGAUUUCAGUAGCAGUUCUAUCCUAGAUGGCAGACUACUGCAUAAUGAUACACAGUAUAUAUCCUGGUCACCUGAUGGUCAGAAACUGGCAUAUGUGUGGAAUAAUAAUGUUUAUGUAAAAGCUUCACCAACAGAAAAACCUUUGCAAAUCACUACAAGUGGAGCGGAAAAUAAAAUUUUCAAUGGAAUACCAGAUUGGGUUUAUGAAGAGGAAAUGUUUGGCUCCAGUUCUGCUCUGUGGUGGUCUCCAAAUGGCAAUUUUGUGGCAUAUGCAGCAUUUAAUGAUAUAGAAGUUCCUGUUAUAGAGUAUUCCUUUUAUUCUGAGGACACCUUGCAAUAUCCAAAGACCAUUAGAAUCCCAUAUCCCAAGGCAGGAGCUGUAAAUCCAACUGUGCGAUUCUUUAUUGUGGAUACCAGAUCACUUCCUGAUUUCCGCUCUGCUGAAAUAUCUCCACCUGCAGAAAUAAAAUCAGGUGAUCAUUAUUUGAGUGUUGUAACAUGGGUGACAGAUGAAAGGAUCUGUCUGCAGUGGCUCAGAAGAAUUCAGAAUUUUUCAGUCCUCACAGUCUGUGACUUUGAAACUGCUUCUGGAAAUUGGUCAUGUCCGCAGGAAAAACAACUUACAGAAAAAAGUACAACUGGCUGGAUUGGCAGAUUUCAACCAUCUGUCCCUCACUUUAUGCCUGACAACGCUACCUACUACAAAAUCUUCAGCGAUGCAGUAGGUUACAAGCACAUCCAUUACAUACAUGGCUCACAGGCUCCAGUACCUAUUACUUCAGGAAAGUGGGAAGUAAUCAGUAUAGAAGCUGUAACGAAUAACUUUUUAUAUUACAUCAGUAAUGAAAACGGUGGAAUGCCAGGAGGAAGGAAUCUUUAUAAAGUGCACUUGGAAACCAGUCCAGCUUCUAUUAAAUGUGUUAGCUGUGAUCUGGAUCAAGAAAGAUGCCAGUAUUAUUCUGUGUCCUUCAGCAAAGAUGCACAGUAUUAUCAGCUAGAUUGUCGUGGUCCUGGUCUGCCCAGAUCUACUCUACACAAAAGCAGUGAUGAUCAAGUCCUCAGGUACUUGGAAAAUAACACUGAACUGGAAAAUUCAUUGAAAGAUAUUCAGAUGCCGUCAAAAAUAUUUGGCUCCAUUAGUGUAGGUGGAUAUAACCUGUGGUAUCAAAUGAUACUGCCUCCCCAUUUCCAGUCAUCAAGGAAGUACCCCCUGCUCCUUGACGUGUAUGCGGGACCCUGUAGUCAGAAAGUGGAUUAUACCUUCCAGAUGAGCUGGGCUACUUACCUCGCAAGCACCGAGCAGAUCAUUGUGGCCAGCUUUGAUGGCAGAGGAAGUGGAUACCAAGGCGAUGAAAUUAUGCAUGCAAUAUACCGAAGGCUGGGAACAUAUGAAGUGGAAGAUCAGAUAACAGCAGCCAGAAAAUUUUCUGAAAUGAGCUUUAUCGAUAAGGACAGAAUAGCUAUUUGGGGUUGGUCUUACGGGGGAUAUGUGACCUCCAUGGUGCUUGGCUCUGGAAGCGGUGUGUUCAAGUGUGGAAUAGCGGUUGCCCCUGUGUCACGUUGGCAAUAUUAUGAUUCAAUAUACACAGAGCGAUACAUGGGCCUUCCUAUAGCAAGUGAUAAUCUGAAAAACUAUAAUACUUCAACAGUAAUGGCCAGAGCUGAAAAAUUCAAGGAAGUUGAAUAUCUCCUUAUUCAUGGAACAGCAGAUGAUAACGUUCACUUUCAGCAAGCAGCACAGAUUUCCAAAGCUCUUGUUGAUGCUGAAGUGGAUUUUCAGGCAAUGUGGUACACAGACAAAGACCACGCCAUCAGCGGUCAAGCACAUAAGCAUAUUUAUACCCAUAUGAGCCACUUCAUAAAGCAGUGUUUCUCACUGCCCUAACACCAGUGUUUUCUUUGUUCAUGAUGGUACUUCUCAAAAAAACUCUCUAGAAAGUAUAAACUUCAUGAUUCAUGAAGAUCUAAGAUCA